UUUUCGGAUCCGGGAAAGGCUGCACGUCCCUCCAACGGGAACCAUGGGUUUCCCUAUCCGAGAGAGGCACACCGGACGUCGGAGCUGAAUAGGCCUCAUGCAGCCGUGGAACGCCGGAUGUUUAGUUGAUUUGCUGGUUCCCCGCGUCCACGACGGGCUCAGAUCGACUUCCUGUCCGGUUUCGCCGUAAUCGGCGACCGUGGGUGAUGGGUAUUUAGAUCCGGAGGGUUUCUGAGGUAGAUCCACCUCGACGACAAAAAGCACACUUAAUUCCCACUUGCGACAAUGGCCAAGUCCGAAGGAGAAAAUAUCCUGCCGUUCUCGGUCAAUGGCAAGACAGCAAUCAUCACCGGGGCAGGAUCUGGAAUCAACCUGGCAUUCGCAACUCUCCUGCUCGCUCGAAACUGCAAUGUAGUCAUUGCCGACAUCGGGCUCCGCCCGGAAGCCGAGCAACUCAUCGCCAAAUACGACGCCGCCGAUGGCCCGCCCCGUGCGAUCUUUGUGCGGACAGAUGUCACCUCGUGGACCGAUCUGAACCGCAUGUUCGAACGGGCAUUGUCUGUAUUCGAGGAGUUCCACAUCGUCUGUCCCGGAGCCGGGGUCUACGAGCCGUACUGGUCGAAUUUCUGGCAUCCGCCCGGUUCCCAAGCCAGCCGGGACAACGAAGACGGAGACCGUUACGCUUUGUUCGAUAUCAAUAUGAUCCAUCCGAUCCGCACAACCCAGCUGGCGUUGUCGCAUUGGCUGCACCCGGGUAGUCCGAAUUCAGAUCCUGUCUCGCCUCAGAACCCGCGCCGUGUCAUUCACAUCUCUUCCGUGGCGGGACAGAUGCCGAAUGUUGUUUGUCCGAUGUACGGAGCUUCCAAGGCCGCCACGACAGGCUUCGUGCGAUGCCUGGGACCACUGGAACAGACCGUCGGUGUUCGUGUCAAUGCCGUUGCUCCCGGUCUGAUUCGCACGCCCUUGUGGACGGAUAAUCCGGAGAAGAUGAUGCUUCUGGAUGAGAAGGACGGGUGGGCCACGCCGAACGAAGUCGCCGUGGCGAUGCUGAGAUGUGUCGAGGAGAGUGAUCUGCCCGGAGGGACUAUCCUAGAGGUCCUUCGGAACACGACUAGAAAUGUCGAGGCUCUCAACGACCCGGGUCCCGGUGGGAUUUCCGGUGAUGCAUCGGUUGGAAGUAACAAUGCCAAAGGCGCGGACCAGAUCCUGGGGUGGCUCCAGGAGAAGGAGAUCUGGGGGCGGCGGCCGACAGCUGCGUAGAUUGCACUACCGAGCUUGGUACAGAGUAGGUGUGUUACUGCGAAGAACGGAUUUUAUUGCCACCAACGCGAGACUGCAUCUAAAGCCAAACAGAAUGCCGGGCAUUUCCUUUCACUUUUACUCUCUCAGUUGAAGAUUCUGGUCGCUUGCUAUGCCGCUUGCUUCUGUUCUAUCAUCAGACUAGAUUUGAUAGCGGCGCGUCUCAAGGAACCCCCAGAG